AUCGACAAUGGACUACAAGGGGGAUGACUAUCCAAUGGCUGUAAGUUUCGUGGAGGGAAUUCCCUUUCCGUUUGAAUAUCAGCCAAUCAGCGAGAGAAUCCGAGAGCUGAAGUCUAUGGAAAUGAGACCCGAUGACGUCAUAUUGUGUUCUUACAUGAAAUCAGGAACGCAUUGGGUGUUUGAGAUUUUAAACAUGUUAAUCAAAGGAAAAGCAGAGUACACGGAACACUGGAAGAAUUCCAGUAUGUUGGAACGAGUCCCGGUGGAGGAAUUCAAGGACCGACCAUCACCCAGGAUAUUACAGACCCACUCCACGUUUCGCUUCCUACCUAAGCAAGUGGUCGAUAAGAAAUGUCGAAUCAUCUACGUGGAGAGAAACCCGAAGUCAGUCUGCGUGUCGCUGUUUAACCAUCUGAGAGACCGGAAGCAGCUGAGGGAGGGCGUUGAUUGGCCACAAUUUCUCACCAUGUUCCUCAACGGUACAGUGCCAUACGGGUCCUGGUUCGAGGUGUGUCAUGACUGGAGACGAGUGCGCGCGCAGUUCCCGGAUGUUCCUGUCUUAUUCCUUCACUACGAAGCACUGAAAGCGGAUCCUGUGGCAGAAGCGAAGAAGACUGCCACGUUCCUAGGUCUGGACCUGGCUGAUGGUGUACUGGAAGAGAUCGUCGAAGCGUGCAGUUUUCACAAUCUCAAGAACGCCCACAUGAAAAAGGACUCGAAGUAUGCUACAGUAGAAGACGGAGCUAAGAAAUAUUUCAGGAAAGGAACUACGGACGAAUGGAAAAGCUGGUUCACCGUUGCACAGAGUGAGACGUUUGAUCAGAUGUGCGAUGACAAAGACGUCUCCCAGUUCAUACGCACCAUGGCGGACCUACACAUAAACAAUUAAAAAA